CGAGGCCAGAGAGAGACCUAGAGGCUGCAUUAUUAGUCCCCCGCCUGCCUCCCUGCUUCCCGCACAGCCCUGUGGGACUGGGAGCCAGCUCUGUGGCACGGUGUCUGCAGGCGGACCAGCAACUUGAUGUACAUGCCACGGCCCGUCCCCUCUCCCCAUACAGAGCCGCAGCCACCGGGAGGUUCAGAGAGUCGGCUUGGGGCUGCUGGAGAAGCAGCUGCAGCGCGGUGACAGUGACACCACAGAGCGGACGAGACCAAGUGGAUCCCCUUUCCCUUCGACCGGAGAGAGGAGCAGCCCUCAGCCUGCAAGCUGUUCAGCCUUGAAAGCGCCAUAACCAGGAGCUGCUCAGCCAUGGCUGAAGGGGAAAUCACAACCUUCACAGCCCUGACCGAGAAGUUUAAACUGCCUCCAGGGAAUUACAAGAAGCCCAAACUCCUCUACUGUAGCAACGGGGGCCAUUUCCUGAGGAUCCUUCCAGAUGGCACAGUGGAUGGGACAAGGGACAGGAGUGACCAGCACAUUCAGCUGCAGCUCAGUGCGGAAAGCGUGGGGGAGGUGUAUAUAAAGAGUACGGAGACUGGCCAGUACUUGGCCAUGGACACCGACGGGCUUUUGUAUGGCUCACAGACACCCAAUGAGGAAUGUUUGUUCCUGGAAAGGUUGGAGGAAAACCAUUACAACACCUACACAUCCAAGAAGCAUGCAGAAAAGAAUUGGUUCGUUGGUCUCAAGAAGAACGGAAGCUGCAAACGCGGUCCUCGGACUCACUACGGCCAGAAAGCAAUCUUGUUUCUCCCCCUGCCAGUCUCCUCUGAUUAAAGAAAUCUGUUCUGGGUGCUGACCACUCCAGAGGAGCCCGAAGGGGUCCUCACCCGGUUGACCCCAAAUUGUACCCCUGACCAUUGGCCGCGCUAACCCCUGGCCCACAGAGCCUAAACUUGUAACGUGCUUCUAAACGCCCAGUUCACUUUUUUUGUAAAGCCCUUCACCCUGGCACAGUUUGGAACGGAGGGACCAAAUGGCUUUUAGGGGCCAACUGGCUGGCCAGUCUGGGUCUGGUUUGGAGGUCCAGUUGCCUCUGGGCAUCUGCUGCAGGCUGAGCCUCCUAAUGCACGGGUGGAACCAAAUGAAGUGUGAGCAGAGGGCUGCCAAGUGGGUUGUAACUGCAUGCAAUUCCCUCUACAGAGUAAACCCU